AUGGUUUGGAAUUGCUUCAGUUGCGUUGGCGGCCACCAAAAAUCAAGGAAAAGUGUGAAAGAGAAUCUUGAUUAUCCAUGGGAAAUCUACACUCUCAAGGAGCUUCUUCAAGCCACAAAUAACUUCAGCAACGACAACAAAAUUGGCGAGGGAGGGUUUGGGAGCGUUUAUUGGGGGAGAACCAGCAAAGGCGUUGGUAUAGCUGUGAAGAGAUUGAAGGCAAUGACUGCCAAGGCAGAGAUGGAGUUUGCCGUUGAAGUGGAGAUUCUUGCGAGGGUUAGACAUGAAAACCUGUUGGGUUUGAGAGGAUUCUAUGCUGGUGGAGAUGAAAGGCUUAUUGUAUACGAUUACAUGCCAAAUCAUAGCUUGCUUUCCCAUUUGCAUGGCCAAUUAGCUGAUCAAUGUCUUUUAGAUUGGCAACGAAGAGUGAGCAUAGUCAUUGGAGCCGCCCAAGGCUUGUCGUACUUGCAUCACGAGGCUAGACCGCACAUAAUACACAGAGAUAUAAAGGCAAGUAAUGUUCUUUUGGACUCAGAUUUCGAAGCAAAAGUGGCUGAUUUUGGGUUUGCAAAGCUCAUACCAGAUGGGGUCUCUCAUUUAACCACAAGGGUUAAAGGGACCUUAGGCUAUUUGGCUCCCGAAUAUGCGAUGUGGGGAAAGGUUGCAGAGAGCUGCGACGUGUACAGCUUUGGGAUUUUACUGCUGGAGAUUGUUAGUGGUAGAAAGCCAUUGGAAAAGCUUCCAAAUGGCACAAAACGUGAUAUUGUUCAAUGGGUAACUCCGUAUGUUCAAAGGGAAGAUUUUGAUGACAUUGCCGAUCCAAGAUUGGAGAAAAAAUUUAAUCUUGAAGAGUUGAAAUGUGUUGUGAGCAUUGCCUUGAGAUGUAGCGAUGGGAAUGCUGAGAGUCGGCCUAGCAUGAAAGAAGUGGUUGUUUGGCUUAAGGACGGCUUGAGGAAUAAGAAGAAAGAGAUGGGUGAUGUGAAAAAUAACGAAGAUCAAGAUCAUGAAGAAACUUAUGAGAAUCAUAAAGACUAUGAAGAGCUUGAAAAACAAAACUCUGAUGAUGGGACAUGA